GCUGUUGCGCUUGAGAAGUGCUCGGCAGUGGCGUUCUCAGGGGAGUCUCGCAGCGCGGCGAUUCCAACCGGGAGGGCCCGUUAGCGCUGAGCGAGAAUCGUCUCGCUUCGCCCAUCGCCCGCCUGCCCGGCCGCCGGUGGCCGCAGCGGGGCCCCUCGGCACAGCCGCCCCUCGUCGUGACAGGCGCCUCGCUGCCCUUUGGCUUCGCCUGGCGGGUCCCGAGGGCAGUGCUGGACCGCCCUGAAGGCCACCUGCGCUUCUUGCCAGCUGACGGUGCGGACAGGGCUCCCAUGCCGGCCUUGAGACGCCGCUGCCGCGGAUGGCGCCGCUGAAAACGCCUCCACGGCCGCGGGGGAGCUUCGCCGGGUCCCCCGCCGCCCCUCGCCUGCUGCUCGCAGCCUGAGGCGACGCGGCUUCUUCUCGCCCGCGCUCCUGCCGCCGACCCUGAGCGCCGUGAGCUCGACUCCCCCUCGUGACACGCUCCGCGGGAGGGGGCGAGGUUGAACAUGCCUCUGCGCGUGUUUCCUGGCUGCUCGGCUUCGCCCCCUGCCCGUGGCGCCCCAUCUGGUCCUCCUGCGUCCGUGGCGGGCGCUGGGAGCUGAUUCCCCUCCGAGACGCGAGGCGGGGAAGGGUGCGAGAGGAUGAACCACGUGGGCAGCCCUGUGAAAGCUUACGACUUCUUGCUGAAAUUCCUGCUGGUCGGAGACAGCGACGUGGGCAAAGGGGAGAUUCUAGCCAGCCUAGAGAAUGGAGCCACGGAGUCGCCCUAUGGGUACAACAUGGGUAUAGAUUACAAGACAACAACAAUACUUCUGGAUGGCCGCCGAAUAAAGCUGCAGCUUUGGGACACAUCUGGGCAAGGCAGAUUCUGCACCAUAUUUCGUUCUUAUUCAAGAGGAGCCCAGGGUGUGAUACUGGUAUACGACAUAACUAAUCGAUGGUCAUUUGAUGGUAUCGAUAGAUGGAUAAAAGAGAUAGAUGAGCAUGCUCCUGGUGUACCUAAAAUCCUAGUUGGCAACCGUCUCCAUCUAGCCUUCAAACGGCAGGUAUCUACUGAGCAGGCACAAGUAUAUGCUGAAAGGCUAGGCAUGACUUUCUUUGAAGUAAGCCCACUCUGUAACUUCAAUAUCACAGAGUCCUUUACAGAACUUGCAAGGAUAGUGUUAAUGAGACAUGGAAUGGACCGGCUGUGGAGACCAAACAAAGUCCUCAGUUUGCAAGAUCUUUGUUGCCGCGCCAUAGUUUCAUGCACCCCUGUGCAUCUUGUCGACAAACUUCCACUUCCUGUUGCCUUAAGAAGCCAUCUUAAAUCAUUCUCUAUGGCCAAUGGUCUUAAUGCUAGGAUGAUGCAUGGUCGUUCCUACUCCCUCACAGCCAGCAGCAACAACAAAAGGAACAGUCUGAAGAAAGCCAAAAUCAUCCGUCCACCCCAGAGCCCUCCAAAACACUGCACCAGAAACAGCUGUAAAAUCUCCUAAACCUGCCACUAGAAAGUUUUGGCUGGAGCUUUUAAUGCAAGGACUCUUCUUGAAUUGUUGAAUUUAUUGUAUGCAUCACACUACUGAAACAGAAUAAAGGAAAAUGUCAUUUAGGAGUUGUUUGUUUUUAAUAAUGCUGCUUCCAGAUGUAUGAUGCACUCAGUGAAAACAAAUGGAUGUGAAACUUUGCUGUUGGUUUUUUUAUAUAUCAGUUUUUGAUGUGCAUGAAGACUUUGUGUUUUAUAAAGGGAAUAAAUUAUCAUGGUAUUGAGAUUUCAAUGACAUUAAAUCGCAGAAGUGACUUGUUUUUAAUAGCAAAUUAAAUAUUGUCAACUCAUAAAACUUUAUUUGCAGAUAGAUAUAUUAAUGAGUGUCAGUCUGUAGAUUCAGACAGAAUUUUAUCCACAAUGUAUUAUAUACAUUGUCAGAUAUAUAAGUAGUGAAGCAAUUCUAGUGAUGUUGCAGUAGAGCAUCAAAUUCUGGUUUUAUACAGUUUCCUCUGUGAUCUUGAAGCACUACUUUGAGCUAUCAGUGUGUAUGCAACAUGCACAAGAUUUUGUCCCAUUAAUGUAAAAAAAAAAUUUGAUAAAGUUUUUGCAAUGUUGUUUAAUAUUCCUAGGGAUUGAUCUGUGGUUUAUAUGCUUAUUUUUCUGGUAAAUCUACAUUUUUGUAUCUAAUAUUCUAGUGAUCAGUUAUACAGUGAGAAAAAGCCAAAGACGUCAAAUGCAUUUGCUGCAGCAGUGAGAAGAAUGUGAUUUGAAAAUCUGCUUUAUCAGGAAAGGACACAAUUAUUUAAAAAUAAAUCACUUUUUAA